UCCGCUCCGCGCGCGGGGCCAUGUCCCGCGGCUGCUGCCCACACCUGCUGUGGGACGUGCGGAGGCGCAGCCUGGGGCUCGAGGAGCCCGGCCUGCUGCGCAGGCACUACCUUGGGAGAAGAGAAUUUAUCCAAAGAUUAAAACUUGAAGCAACCUUGAAUGUGCAUGAUGGCUGUGUAAACACAAUUUGCUGGAAUGAUACAGGAGAAUAUAUUUUAUCUGGUUCAGAUGAUACCAACCUGGUAAUUACUAAUCCUUACAGCAGAAAGGUUUUAACCACCAUUCGCUCAGGACACAGGGCAAAUAUUUUUAGCGCAAAAUUCUUGCCAUGCACCAAUGACAAACAGAUUGUGUCUUGCUCUGGAGAUGGAGUCAUUUUUUACACUAAUGUUGAACAAGAUGCGGAGACUAACAGGCAAUGCCAGUAUACGUGCCACUAUGGAACUACCUAUGAGAUUAUGACAGUACCAAAUGAUCCCUAUACUUUCCUCUCUUGUGGUGAAGAUGGCACUGUAAGAUGGUUUGAUACUCGAAUCAAAACAAGUUGCACAAAGGAAGAUUGUAAAGAUGAUAUUUUAAUAAACUGCCGCCGCGCUGCCACUUCUGUUGCUAUCUGUCCACCAAUCCCAUAUUAUCUUGCUGUGGGCUGUUCUGAUAGCUCAGUAAGAAUAUAYGAUCGGCGAAUGCUUGGUACAAGAGCAACAGGGAAUUACGCUGGUCGAGGCACUGUUGGAAUGGUGGCACGAUUUGUUCCUCCUCAUCUCAAUAACAAAUCCUGCAGAGUGACMUCUCUGUGUUAUAGUGAAGAUGGUCAAGAGAUCCUUGUUAGCUACUCUUCAGAUUACAUAUACUUGUUUGAUCCCAAGGAUGACACAGCCCGAGAACUUAAAGUUCCUUCUGCUGAAGAGAGACGGGAAGAGUUACGGCAACCACCGGUCAAACGUUUGCGGCUAAGAGGGGAUUGGUCAGAUACUGGGCCCAGAGCAAGGCCUGAGAGUGAACGAGAAAGAGAUGGGGAACAGAGCCCUAAUGUGUCUCUGAUGCAGAGGAUGUCAGACAUGCUAUCAAGAUGGUUUGAAGAAGCCAGUGAAGUUGCACAAAGCAAUCGAGGACGAGGAAGGUCACGGUCCAGAGGUGGGAGUAAUCGUCCAGAUGCUCCUGCUUCUAAUAACGUGGCACCUAGCACAGAAUCAGAAACUGCUAUGGAAGUAGAUGGUCCUGAACAACUUCCAUCAUCUUCAUCGUCUACAAUGUCAGCCCAAGCUCCUUCAACAUCUUCAACAGAGUCCCCCCCUUCAACUUCAUUAUUAUCCUCUCCUGAUAAUGAACAAAGGCCUUCUUUAGGGGCCUCUGCUCAACCUAUGUUCCAUCAAUCUGAUUCUCCUUCUUCUGUGGUUAACAAACAGCUUGGAUCCAUGUCACUUGAUGAGCAACAGGAGAGUGAUAAGCCACGAGCAGGAACAGGUGAACCAGUUUUAAGUCUGCACUAUAGUACAGAAGGAACAACUACAAGCACAAUAAAACUGGACUUCACUGAUGAGUGGAGCAGCACAAAUUCAAGCUCUAGAGGGAGUGGAAGUCACUGCAAAUCUGAAGGCCAAGAAGACUCUAUGAAAACAAAAGCCUCUGAAGAGUCAACACCUGAGGAUGAAGAAACAAGAAUUCCAGAUGAAUCUCACAAGGAUGACUUAAGUGCUGGAGGACUGAGAAGUGCAGAUGAAACUGCAGAGACAACAGAAGUAGCUGUGUCAGAUGCAUCUGUUUCUGAACAUUCUGGAAGCCAAGCAGAAGAAAAAAGUGUUCCUGGUGUUGAUACUGCCCCAAGAAAUGUAGAGGAAGGCUCCUCGUGUGAAAAAAGUGCAAGUCAAGAAAUGCCAAGUCAGCCAGGUACCGAAUCCACUGCCAACUCACAUGCUGCAACUGAUGAACCUCAGUCCCACCCGGAAUCCUCAGGGCUUGCAACUCCAGAGGAGUCCUGCACCAGGACCUCCGCUCUCCAGGAAACUGAUGACAGCGAUGAUGACCCUGUCCUGAUCCCUGGAGCAAGGUAUCGAGGAGGACCAGGACACAGACGAUCUGCUGUUGCCCGCAUUCAGGAACUCUUCAGGAGGAGGAAAGAAAGAAAAGAAAUGGAAGAGCUGGAAACUCUGAAUAUUCGACGUCCUUUCAUAAAGAUGGUUUAUAAAGGUCAUCGCAACUCCAGGACAAUGAUAAAGGAAGCCAAUUUUUGGGGCUCUAACUUCGUCAUGAGUGGUUCAGAUUGUGGCCAUAUUUUUAUUUGGGAUCGACAUACUGCUGAACACCUCAUGCUGCUGGAAGCUGAUAAUCAUGUGGUGAACUGUCUUCAGCCUCAUCCAUUUGACCCUAUUCUGGCCUCUUCGGGUAUUGAUUAUGAUAUAAAAAUCUGGUCCCCAUUGGAAGAGUCCAGGAUUUUUAACAGAAAACUUGCAGAUGAGGUUAUAACACGUAAUGAGUUAAUGCUGGAAGAGACCAGAAAUACUAUUACUGUUCCAGCUUCUUUUAUGUUGAGAAUGUUGGCGUCGUUGAAUCAUAUCAGAGCAGACCGGCUGGAAGGUGACAGAUCAGAAGGAUCUGGUCAGGAGAAYGAAAAUGAGGACGAAGAGUAACUGGCAGUUUGUGCAAGCAUCUAGACGUUACAAAAUUUGUAUAAGACAUUAAUUAUAUUUUUCCUUACAGAGCUUUAGUGCAAUUCUAAGGUAUUGCUUUUGGAUAACCUAACAUUUUUUUUUGGUUUUGAAUGACUGUGCGCAUGACUUUGGGAGAGUGUGCAAGUACCAUAAGCAAAAAUGUUUUUAAAACGUUUUGCCAUGUAUGAGGGGUGCUAGAAGAUGCAAAGUGCAAUAUUUUCCUUAACYUGCAGAUGUGGGAGCUUGGAUCAAUGUUUAAAAGUAACUUUCAUUAUAGUAAAAACGUUGGUUCAAAUAAAUUUCUAUACCUGCUGUU